CCUCUCCCCCCAUCGGCCGCCGCCAUCUUGUAUUCAGGCGCUCUGCGCUCUCUCUCCCUCUCCAUUUUUGUGCUGGCUGGACGCCGUGAGGCCUCGAGGAGGGGGAGGCGACAGAAACAGCAAAGCUCACUCCCUCCACGAUGACCGAGAUCAGCGAUCUGGACCGACAGAUUGAACAGCUUCGGCAGUGUGAGCUUAUCAAGGAGAACGAAGUGAAAGCCCUGUGUGCCAAAGCCAGGGAGAUCCUAGUGGAGGAGAGUAAUGUGCAACAGGUCGAUUCUCCAGUGACGGUUUGUGGUGAUAUCCACGGUCAGUUCUAUGACCUGAAGGAAUUAUUCAGGGUGGGUGGUGAUGUCCCGGAGACCAACUACCUGUUCAUGGGAGACUUUGUAGACCGAGGCUUCUACAGUGUCGAGACCUUCCUGCUGCUGCUUGCUCUGAAGGUGCGAUAUCCAGACAGAAUCACCCUGAUCCGGGGAAAUCACGAAAGCCGACAGAUCACCCAGGUCUAUGGCUUCUACGAUGAGUGCCUGCGCAAGUAUGGCUCGGUGACUGUGUGGCGGUACUGCACUGAAAUCUUCGACUACCUCAGUCUGUCAGCCAUCAUCGAUGGGAAGAUCUUCUGCGUGCACGGUGGCCUCUCGCCCUCGAUACAAACACUGGAUCAAAUUCGGACAAUAGACCGCAAACAAGAGGUUCCUCACGAUGGGCCCAUGUGUGAUCUCCUGUGGUCAGACCCUGAAGACACGACGGGGUGGGGAGUGAGUCCGCGGGGAGCUGGUUACCUGUUUGGCAGUGACGUUGUCACUCAGUUCAACGCUGCCAAUGAUAUCGACAUGAUCUGCCGUGCUCACCAGCUGGUGAUGGAAGGUUACAAGUGGCACUUUAAUGAAACUGUGCUAACUGUCUGGUCAGCACCAAAUUACUGCUACAGGUGUGGUAACGUGGCAGCUAUUCUGGAACUGGACGAGCAUCUGCAGAAGGAGUUCAUCAUUUUCGAGGCAGCCCCGCAGGAAACCCGGGGCAUCCCCUCCAAAAAACCCGUGGCCGACUACUUCCUGUGACGUGAACUGUGAUCCACCCCCCCACCCUCCUCCCUUCAGGGCCUCAGACUCGACUCCGAUGUCACCCCCCACCUCUGUCCUCCGAGUGCCCCCUCGUCCUGACUCACCCCAGGAGCAGGCUCCCAGAGAUUGAGGGGACAGUGGGUAAAGUGUGUCUCAGACGGUGGGAGGCUGCACCAUCCAGGAGCUUUCACUCUGGUGUCAGGCAGGUUUCAGUAUGCCCGUCCUCGCACACUGUCUGUCUGUCUCUCUGUCACUGUCCCCACACACUGUCUGUCUCUGUCUCUGUCCCUGUCCCCACACACUGUCUGUCUCUCUGUCUCUGUCCCUGUCCCCACACGCUGUCUGUCUCUUGCUCUCUGUCCCCACACGCUGUCUCUCUCUCUCUCUCUCUCUCUGUCUAUCUGUCUGACCUCUCUCUCUCUCUUCGUCUCACUGCCUGUCUCUCUCUCUCUCUCACAUGUACACACCCACCCUCAUAUCCACAGAUACGUGCACACCAAAUGGAAGAGGUCUCUCUGUCUCUUUCUCUCUCUCACACAUGCACGCACACAGAUACAGAUGCAUUAACACACCCACAGACGCAGUCUCUCUCUCUCUCUGUCCCUGUGGUCUGUUUCUCUCUCACACACACACACUCUGACACAUGCCUUCCAGUCUGCCUGUUUUCCCCAUCACCCCUUCUUCUGUCAGUGGUGGGCUGCCCAUCUCUCCUGUUAUACCUGGUGUCCCAGACACUUCAGAACUGUCAGCCUGGUACCCCAGGGGGCAGAGACCGCCCCCACCACCCCGGCAGCAUAGUCUCCCCGAGGUAAGGGUCUCAGGCAGGUUGCAGACCCUCCCAGGGGCACAGACUCUCCCCACAAUCGGCGAACUUGGUGGAUUGGGAAUGCUGGGGGGUAGUAUGGACACCCAUGCACAUUGUGACGGUGUAACCACACUGUCAUCAGCUCUCCCCGCCUUUUUUUAUUAAAACUUUUGACAGCUCCAUAACUAUAACGAACAAAUCCGUCUGCCUUGAGAUUUACUCUGCAACGUUUUUAAAGAAAAGAUUCAAUCUUUGAAUGAAGUCUUCAAAAAAUACCAAUAAAAAGUGCAAACUUUCA